CAGGUGCCACCCAUGGGGACGCUGUGGCUGUGGGGCGCCGUCCCCCUCCUCCUCUUCCUCCUCGCCUGCCUGGCUGCACUGGGGCGCAGACGGACGCGGGCGCAGAUGGGUCGGACGCCGCAGAGACGCCGGGAGCUCAGAGCCCCCCCAAAGCCCCCCAGCCCGGACCUUCCUGCGCUGCGCUUCCUGCAGGUGCUGCAGGCCGGGCGCUUCUCGGCGGUGUGGAGGGGCACUCUGCAGCAGCGCCCGGUCGCCAUAAAAGCCUUCGCUGCGGGGGCGGCCCGGCGCUGGGCGGCCGAGCGGGCGGUGCACGAACUGCCGCUGAUGGAGCACGAGAACGUGGCGAAGCUGUUGGGCACCCGCGGGGCCGGGCCGUGCGCGAGGGGGGGGCUGCUGGUGCUGCAGCUUUACCCGGCCGGCUCCCUGCAGCACUUCCUUCGCCAGCACGUCUCCCCGUGGGCAGGCAGUGUGCGCCUGGCGCUAUCCCUGGCCCGCGGCCUCGCCUUCCUGCACCAGGAGCUGUGGCGCGACGGGCUGUACAAACCCAGCGUGGUGCACCGCGACCUCAGCAGUCAGAACGUGUUGGUGCGCCACGACGGCACGUGCGCCAUCGGGGACUUCGGGCUCGCCAUGGCGCUGCCGCCCCGCGCUCACAGCGGCAGCGGGCAGAGAGCGGCGCACAUCCGCAGGGCGGGCACGCAGCGCUAUUUGGCCCCCGAGAUCCUGGAUGAGAGUCUGGACCUGCGCUGGUGGGGCCGCGCGCUGCUGCAGGCCGAUGUGUACGCGCUGGCGCUGCUGCUCUGGGAGAUCCUCUCGCGCUGUCAGAGCCUCAGCCCCGGCGUUCCGGUGCCGGAGUUCCGCCUGGCCUAUGAGGCUGAGUUGGGGGGCAGCCCCACAGCGGCGCAGCUCCGGCGGUUGGCGGUGGAGGAGCGGCGGCGCCCACUGAUCCCCCCAAUGUGGCACCGCACGGCGCAGCCCUCGGGGGCUCUGCAGGAGCUGCUGGAGGACUGCUGGGACCCCGACCCCGAGGCGCGGCUGUCGGCCGAGCGCGCCCUGCAGCGCCUGCAGCGCCUGGCGGCCCCCCCCGAGCCCCCCCCGCGGAGCUGACCCGGAGGUUCCGGAGCAGUUUCUGCCAUGGUGCCCCCCCCUGCAGCCCCCCUAUGCCGGGGUGCCCCCCGUGGUCCCCCCCGGGCUGGACAAGAAGGCGGCAAAGAAGAUGAAGAAGAGGA